AUGUAUAAGGUUCAAGACAAACCAAGGUUCAAGAAGAGGUUUUCUAAUCAAGGAUCUUCUCGUGCUCCAAGGGCCAAUAAGAGUAAUGUCCCUACUCCCAAUCCCCAAGAGGGAAAAGGUAGUGGUUCGUAUGUUGAUAGGCAUCUUUGUUCUAAAUGUGGUAGAAGACAUGAGGGCAAGUGCCUCGUUGGUUCGGGUAAUUGCUAUAGUUGUGGAAAGAGUGGUCACAUCAAGAUAGAUUGCCCUAUGAUGAGGAUUCAAGGAAGGGCAAAUUCUCAAGAUCAAGAAAGUGCUCCAAACCCGUAUACUCCUAAGAAGAAUCGCUUUUAUGCUCUCCAAUACCGAAGUGAUCAAGAGAUCUCAUCGGACGCGGUCACCGAUAUGUUAAAAUUAUUUUUCUUAGAUUUAUAUGCUUUGUUGGAUCCGGGAGCUACGCUAUCAUUCCCUCCUUUAGCCAUGAAAUUUGAUAUACUAACCCAGUGGAUGAUUUCGUAA